AACGAAUUUGAUAAACCGAUCACGUCCGGAAGCCAAGCUGGUAUAUAAACCCUAUUCUUUGUCUGAAAACCAUUGAUUACAAUCGACAACCCUAUUUUCUCUCCAUCUCUCUUUCCACCCACACUUUCAACCAAUCUCUCUUUCACUCCCAACAAAUGGCCGAUCAGCUCACCGAUGACCAGAUCUCCGAGUUCAAGGAAGCCUUCAGCCUAUUCGAUAAGGAUGGCGACGGUUGCAUCACGACAAAGGAACUUGGAACUGUGAUGAGAUCGCUUGGGCAAAAUCCAACAGAGGCCGAACUCCAGGACAUGAUCAACGAAGUGGAUGCAGAUGGCAAUGGAACCAUUGAUUUCCCCGAGUUUUUAAACCUCAUGGCAAGGAAGAUGAAGGAUACAGACUCCGAGGAAGAAUUAAAGGAAGCUUUCAGAGUCUUUGACAAAGACCAGAACGGUUUCAUUUCUGCUGCUGAGCUUCGUCAUGUCAUGACAAACCUCGGUGAAAAACUCACUGAUGAAGAAGUCGAUGAAAUGAUCCGUGAGGCAGAUGUUGAUGGCGAUGGUCAAAUCAACUAUGAGGAGUUUGUUAAGGUCAUGAUGGCCAAGUAAUAAUAUUUAUUAAUAGCCCUAGUUUUAUUUUUAUUUUUAUUUUUGUUUUGUCAGUAUCUAGUUGUUGGUUUCUUUCGGGCCAUGCAUGGAUAUCCUUCUUGUUUAAUUAUGUAUCUGUCACAAGUUUAUAUAUUUUUUUUUAUGUUGUUGAUUCCGAUUUCA